CCCCUUAGGGCGGCCGCAGCCAGCCCAGCGGGCGGGCCCGGGGCGGUGAACGCGCGGCUUCAGCGGCCGUCCGUCUGCAAGCGGUAGGCGGAGGCUGGCGCCGGUCAUGGCGCGCGGUAGCUUGGCGGGGCGGCUGUGGCAGCUUUGCAACCUGUUUAUGGCCACUUUCUUCGGGCUGGCGGCUGCCGUGCAGGUGAACGACCCCGACGCCGGGCUGUGGGUGGUUAUCUACUUGGUGCCAGCUGCUCUUACACUGCUUGUUGGCCUUAACCCCUCAGUAACAGAAAACGCGGUUUGGAGAAGUCUCUGUGACCUUCAUUCUGCUGGUUGUAUUUUUGGAACCAUUGCCUUGGCUUGUUCUUUGGUUGCGUACACUCAGGGCAACAUUUUGCAUGAAGAGGAAGGCAGAGAGUUAUGUGGUCUGGUGAUUAUUACAAUAUGGAUGAGUCUUUGUCGCAGUUCAGCAAAGAAUCCAUUGGGUGGAAUUCAUCUGACUGCUGCAGUCUUGGUUGUUCUCUUCCCCUUUGUUUCGUGGCUGUACAUUUAUAUAAACAAAGAGAUACGAGAAUCUUGGCCAACACACUGUAAAACUGUGAUUUAAUCAGAGUAGUAAAUCAUAUUUUUCUAAAGAAAAUCCAGUGAAAACUUCUUUAUUUCUGUGAGACGCAUGCUUGACUGCCACCAGCAGACAUAGUUACUGUCACAACUUGCAGAAUUUCUGGUCCUGGAAAGCAGAACCCAUGCAGCAACCCAGAGACGGUAACCGUGCUCCAUCAUCACUAAUCCUGGAGAAGAAAGCACAGGUGAGUAUGCUGGACACUAAAGCUGGCAGGGUGUGAGCCAGCAUGGGUUCAGAUGCAGCACAACACCAUGCUUUAAGUCAUCCCAAGUCAGGGCUUGUUAGGUUGAUACAGCUGCAGGCUAACAUGGCUGGGCACACGUAGAUCCCAGCUGGUGUAUUGUGUAUCUGCAGCAUUACAUGAUGCCAUAGUCUUCCUGCUUUAAUUUAUAUUAUUUUUAUUUUUAAGCUUGGGCCUCCCUGUGCUGUGUUCUGACAUAGCAUAGAUGGUGUCCAUUUUUCUUGAGCUUUUAUUUUUUGAAAAUUACUUGAGCUUUUUGAAGCAAUGUUAAGACCGCCUCAUUAGGCUACAGGGUGGACUUUUCUACUAGACUCAAGACAUAAAAAUGUAAACACUUCUACACAGGUACAAUUUUGCAUGCUUUAAAUCUGACACAUAUAAAUUUAAAAAAAAAAAAAAUCAAAAACAAAACACCAGCCAACUAGUGAGUUUUUUUUUUUCUUCCCCCUUCCCCCACAGUUGAGUAACAAUCUGUUCAAGAUUGGGUAGUUCAAUUCAACAUUCUGCAUUCAAAUAUAUUUAUUUCAAACACA